AAAGUAGAAUAACUUCAUAAUUUAAAGUUGAUGGAGGUUGAUAGAGUAGAUAUCAAUUUCAGUUAAAGCAAAUGUCUCCCUCUCUUUUUUAAUUCAAAUCAUAACCGACUCUUCUCUCUCUCUAUCUCUAUCCUUCAACCCUCCAAUUCUUCAAACCAUAGCUAACGAACACUUCAGCUGUGAUGGACGGAAUUAGGCCCGACGAUCCUCGCACGGUGUUGGGGGUUUUCGGAGAUUACAAUGGUAGACGCAUGGCCUUGAUCAAAGCUCUCACCACUGAUGUUAAGGAAUUCAUCCGACAGUGUGAUCCUGAAAAGCCAGAUCUGUGUCUUUAUGGAUUACCCAAUGGGCAAUGGAAAUUAGAUCUGCCUGCUCAGGAGGUGCCUCCAGAGAUUCCAGAACCUUCUUUAGGUAUAAACUUUUCCAGAUAUGGAAUGCAAGGAAAGGACUGGCUAGCUCGUGUUGCCAUCCACAGUGAUGCAUGGCUACUUUCUCUUGCCUUCUAUUUUGGUGCCAGAUUUGAUUUCGAUAAAACUGACAGGAAAGUUCUAUUCGAUAUGAUAAAUGAUCUCCCAACCAUUUUAGAAGUUGUGACACAAGAUGCAAAAUAUAAGCAAGCAAUAAUAGAAUUGGAGAGAAUGUCAGUGCCCCAACCAAAUGAUGAGGCCAAGUAUGAGGGAUCAAAUGAAGAGGACGAGGGAUCGGACGUAGAGGAUGAAGACGAACAUGAGGAAAUCUUGUGCGGAUCAUGUGGUAAAUAUUACACCUCCGAUGACAUCUGGAUUUUCUGUGACCUAUGCCAGAGAUGUUUCCAUGGGAGGUGCGCCAAUAUCACACUUGCUGAGGCGGAGCACAUUACUGAGUUCAAAUGUCCAACCUGUACGGACGCGAGUGCCCCGCCUUGACGCCCGUCUUCCAAUGCUAGUAUAAUUGGUCUUGGUUGUGUACAGUCCUAGUCAUUUUAUAUCUGGAAUAGUUAGAUGCUCUUCUGUCUUUGGUUUUAGCUUUUAUCGUUCAUUGCAUAGCUUACUUUUAAUAUUCCUGUCUUAGCUACAUAUUUCAGUUAACCAGUAACAUCUAAAGGCUACAGUUGGAGAUGUUUUGCACCCAGUUUAGCACACAAAGCUGUGUAUGUAUACUCUUCACACAUUGUUGCGUAGUUUCCAUCUAGCACUAGUUUGCUA